GCCCCGGUCCCCGAGCCUCCCCAGCGGCUAAAAACACAGCUACGCGCCCACAAAUGCUUAAAUUAGCCCACAGAAGUUGCCGAGCAUCACAGCAGCGGCUACUCACCUGAAUCUCGGUCCAGCGAUAUUCGCGCUUCACCGAGGGAGACCGGACUUGUGCGUGGGGGUGCCGUUAACUCGCCUCAAUCGCAACCUUUAAUCCACACCUCGAGACUUAUUGCCCACUUCACGAGGGCUGCUUCAUUUACAUCCGAGGCGCGCCAAACCGAUUUCAUCCGCUAGCUUAAAAGCUACUCGGAGCGAGGCCACCCGCGAUGCUAACUGCCGUGAGGUUUUCCACGUCACGUGCAGACAUGAAAGGGACGUAAAAGUGUCUCCGUGGUGGAGCCGACGCUGUGCAGGAUGUGAGGCGGACUGGCGAGCGGGCGUCGCCGGUAGCGUGAUAGAAGCGCGACACCUGACUGCGUGUUCAAGAAUGACACCGCCGAGUGCUGAUGGCGAUGUUACCCUUUCAGCCAAAGAUAUGGAACCAUCCUCACCACACAUGCCAAAUCCAAACCUCUCUCCUCCCACUGUGAGAACAGCCUCCCUGUCUCCAAGACGGUGUUCCAACACAUCAUCCCCAGAUAAGACGACCCCGAAACUCACCAUGCCAACGCCUCCGUCCGCGUCGUUAUCAUCAUCGUCCUUCUUGAACACCUCUCAGGCAGCACGAAGUCUCUAUUCCCGCUCUUCCUCACUCCCCACGCCGACUGAUUCCACACUCCGCUCGCCUAUCAGAAGUCCCUCCCAGCUGGGAAGAGCUCAGCUCAAUGCAGCCUCCUCUGUCCAUGCUGGAGCUCCUACCUCGCCUGAAGGAGAGGACCCAGAGGAGGAGAUCAGUCUUGAGGAUGUGGCGGAGAGAGCCAAGUCUGGUGACGCUAAAGCGCAGAGCAAGAUGGGCCGCGUCUUCCUGGCUCUGGCACAAGAAAAAGACGAGGAGCUGAACAACUGCACCGCCGUCACCUGGCUGGUCCAGGCUGCUAAGCAGGGCCGCAAGGACGCCGUGAAGAUGCUGCAGCAGUGCUUAGCCUCCAGGAAAGGCAUCACGCUAGAGAACUACGAGGAGGUGAAGAAGCUGUGCAUGGAAACACGCUUCGAAAGGGGAGUCCGGAAAGCAGCUCUGCUUAUGUACUGGAAGUUGAACCCGGAGAGGAAGAAGUCGGUGGCUGUUUCGGAGAUGCUUGAAAACGUAGGACACGUCCACACAGACAAACUCGUCUCCCCAGGGCCCCUGAACAGCUCUGCUAAGAAACAGAGGAGAGUUCUGGAGACCAUGGUGACCAGCGAAUCCACCUCCCACGUCGGGAUGGAUGACUUUGUGGAGAUGACAAAGAAGUACGCUCAGGGAAUGGCGCCGCCUCCCACCAUGGCGGCGGUGUCAGCCAGUGACGACGACGAUGACGACGAUGUCGUCGUCAAGAAUCCAGACGAGCUGCCCUUACACCAAAAGCUGUUGAAGUUCCCCCUGCACGCCCUCCUGGAAAUCAAGGAGCACCUCAUCGACUGGGCGUCACGCGCGGGCAUGCAGUGGCUCAGCGCCCUCAUCCCCACGCACCACGUCAACGCGCUCAUCUUCUUCUUCAUCAUCUCCAACCUCACCAUCGAGUUCUUCGUCUUCCUCAUCCCUCUACUGGUUUUCUACCUCUCCUUCUUCUCCAUGGUCAUCUGCACACUGCGGGUGUUUCAGAAUUCCAAAGCUUGGGAGAACUUCCGGGCUCUCACCGACCUGCUGGCUCACUUUGAACCUGGUCUGGAUCUGGAGCAGGCCGAGACCAACUUUGGGUGGACGCACUUGGAGCCCUACCUGUACUUCUUGCUCUCCGUGGUCUUUGUGGUGUUCUCCUUCCCCGUGGCGGACAAGUCGUGGAUCCCGUGCUCCGAACUGGCCGCGGUGGCGCUCUUCUUCACGGUCACCGCCUUCCUCAGCCUCCACGCCUCGGCCAAUCUGUUCGCUCGCAAGGCUCUGCUCACCGAGGUGCUUUCGGGGGCGUGUUCCCUCGCUCACCUGCUUCCCGACUCCCUCUGGCCGCUCAGGAUCUUCGGGAGGACGUUCGUCUCCGUUCCUCUCGGCGACUUGGUGGCGUUGAACAUCGGGGUGCCCUGCGUCCUCUACGGCCACCUGGUCUUCCUCCUGUUCCGCAUGGCCCAGCUGAGAGGCUUCAAGGGGACUUACCUGUGUCUGGUGCCUUACCUGGUCUGCUUCACCUGGUGCGAGCUCUGCUUGGUGUUCCUCAAUAACGCCACCGCCAUCGGCCUCAUACGCACCUGUGCGGGCUACUUCCUCUUCCUGUUUGCCCUUCCUGUUCUCUCGCUGGGCUUGGCGGCAAUGCUCUCGGUGCAGCUCCUGCAGUGGUUCCUGGCUCUGGAGAUCACCAAGAUGGCGGUGACGCUGACCGUCUGCUUGGUGCCGGUCGUUUUGAGGCUUUGGACCCGCUUCAGCUUGAACCCCAUCGUGGUGUUGCGCUCGCUGUCCCGGAGCAGCAUCGUGAAACUCAUCCUGGUGUGGCUCAGCGCCGUGGUUCUCUUCUGCUGGAUGUACGUGUACAGGUCGGAGGGCAUGAAGGUCUACAACUCCACCCUCACCUGGCCCGAGUACAGCAACCUGUGCGGGCCCACAGCAUGGAAGGAGGCCAACAUGGCGCAAACUCAGAUUAUCUGCUCGCACCUGGAGGGUCACCGCGUCACCUGGACGGGACGCUUCAAAUACGUGCGCGUGACCGAUAUCGAGAACGGGGCGCAGGCCGUCAUCAACCUGCUGCCUGUGCUGGUGGGCAACUGGAUGCGUUGUCUGUACGGGCAGCCGUAUCCCACGUGCGACGGGACCAACGCCUCGGCGGGGCCUCGGCCUUUCCUGGCUCCGCCUCUGCAAGACCCCCUCUGCAAACUCAAGCGACUGGCCAAGCACGAGUGCCACGUCAAGCGCUUCGAUCGCUACAAGUUCGAAGUCACGCUGGGCAUGCCGCAGGAGAGGAAGACCAGGAACGGGACCGUGGUGGAGGACGAGGACGCCACCAAGGACAUCGUCCUGCACGCCAGCAACGAGUUCAAGUCGGUGCUUUUGCACUUGAACACGGGCAGCCUGGUGGAAUUCAGCACCAUCCUGGAAGGCCGCCUGGGAUCCAAGUGGCCCGUUUUCGAGCUCAAAGCCAUCCACUGCUUGUCCUGCGGCCACGCCCGCCUGUCCAGCCGGCGUCAGUACAAGAUCGAACACGACUGGAGGCGCACCGCCCAGAGCGCCCUGCAGUUUGGCUUUGACUUCUUCUUUAACCCCUUCCUCACCGCACAGCUACGACAGCACUCUGACGCCGACAUCGUCACAGAGGAGGGGUAGAGGAUGUAAACUCUGACCUAUGACCUAUGACUCUAUGCUUUCAGCUUUGGAGCCAAAAAGGAUUCAUAGUAUACGGUCGUCCCUCGUUUAUCGAAGAUAACUGGUCCAAGACCUGACCACGAUAAGCACAUUUCCGUGAAGUAGGAUUCAAUAUUAAUAUAUGGAUUAUUUUCCUAGUCAUGCGAGAGAAAACCUGUUAUCAUUAAAGCCCUCUAGACACGAAAUAACACCCCUAUAGUCACCUUUACGCAGUACAGUAGAUAUAAUCGGAAAGAAUGAAGGAGCGAUGUUUGAAACCGCGAUGUAGCGAGGGACGACUGUAUAGGAAUUCCAUUUUCCCGUCACCAUUUCAACACUAAGGGGAAGACACACCAUCAAAACCUCAGUUAUGGCCAGUUUUCUUCACAAUAAACAUAAGUUGCACUUCCAUACUUCUACAGCUGAAAAGGAAAGAUGAUGUUACACGCUUUAGUCAGUCAUGUUGUGUUCAAGUUCUCGACGCUAGCGGUUAUCAAGUGCCUUAAGACUCAUUUCACACACUAAAUUAUUACAUUUUACGGAAUCCAUUUCAUUUCAAAAUUCACCAUGCCGAUUAUUUAUUCUGCCUUCCGCUCCUACUUGUGUGCUUACAAGCCUGCUGUGCAGGAAUCAAACCUACUGCUUGAUUUCAUGCCCUGAGUGAUGUUUCAACUGGCAUCGUCUGUGUUUUCUAUUGUGAUACAUAAAAUGGGAUUUUAAAAACAUUUGA